AAGCAUAGUUAUCGAUACCACAAUGACUGCCGGCUUGUUGAGCAGGUUCGAAAAAGUGCUUUAUUUUUUUGUUUACAUCGUUUACAUUGUUAUUGGAUUAUAUAAAAUCUAUGUGUUACGUGAUCGCAUCGUGAGCUCCUCCCAAUCCCAGUAUCAUUUCGUCAAAGGCUGGUCAUUGUUGCAGCGCAGCAACAACGAGGUACGAUUGCGAGAUGCCAGCAACGAUGAAUUGGAGAAUUUCGUUGAUUUUAUUGCCGUCUUUUGGCCAUUCUACCUGUUGCAUGCAAUCGUGAGUUCCGUCUCCCGUUGGCGGUGGCCACAUCCGCAACGACAUGGCUACAUUGCAGUCUGCAGCUUGGCACUGACUCUCAAACUGCACUGGUCCUCCCAGCUCAUGUUUGCGGCGCUGCUGCUUAGCUAUUUCCUAACAGCGCAGCGCCGCUCCAAGCGAUUUACAUGGUUGCUGUCGGCAAUUUGGCUGGGUAUCAUCAAUGUGGCCAAAAACAAUCAAUGGUGGCUGGAUCAAGUGGGUUAUGCAGAGUACGUGAUGCUGAUUGUGACGCUCUCCUGGAGUGUGUUGCGUGGAUGCAGUUACUCGCUAUCUAGACGUCGGCAGUCAGAUGAUAUUGUUGAUUACUUGAGCUAUGCCAUGUACUUUCCCUGCCUCACCUAUGGACCGUUCAUUAGCUAUGAGCGCUUUAAGCGUGUGACAGCUGUUCCAGCUCAAUCGUCUGCUCAGCAAUGGAAGCGCUUUCUAGUGGCUCUGUUGCGCGUGGGCUUCUGGUGGCUUCUAAUGCAAUGUGCCCUACACUACCUCUACAUACACUAUUUGGCUCGCGAUGUGCGCGUGGUGGCCAUGAUGGAUUCGGUGUUCUGGCAACAUGCAGCCGGCUACUUUAUGGGACAGUUCUUCUUCCUGUAUUACGUGGUCACCUAUGGACUCGGCAUUGCCUUUGCGGAACACGACGGUAUCGCAGCACCGCAACGUCCACGUUGUAUUGGCCGCAUACACUUCUACUCGGACAUGUGGAAGUAUUUCGACGAGGGACUCUAUGAGUUUCUCUUCCAGCACAUUUAUGCGGAACUGUGUGGACGAGAUGCAUCUAUAGGCGCCAAGUUUGGGGCCACAGCUUUGACCUUUGGCUUUGUGUUCAUUUGGCAUGGCUGCUACACUUAUGUGCUCAUUUGGAGCAUACUCAACUUUCUCUGUCUGGCGGCGGAGAAGUGUUUCAGAGCCUUCAUCGCCAUGCCCGCAUAUCAACGUUGGUCACUUGAGCACUUUGGCGAAGGUGGCGCCCAACGUGUGUAUGCUUUGCUGGCUACACAGCUCUUUAUACCGGCUGCGUUCUCCAAUGUGUACUUCAUUGGUGGUCAGGAGAUUGGAGAUGUGCUGAUGCGCGGCGCCUAUUUGAGUGGCGUUGGCAACUAUGUGGCCUUGUGCUUCUGCAGCUACUGCUUCUUCCAGUGCUCUGAGAUGUUGCUCAGUGGGACAAGCAAAAGGAGACUCAAACAAUCUGACAGACUGUGAAGCUGCAGCUUAACUACUUGUAUAUACUUAACAAUCAGGGACCGAAAUUAAUGAUAUUUUCAUUAUCUUUG